AUUCCGCUCCAACCAACUUAACCGGAGACGCCUCCGCCUCCCUCUCAGAGGCGAGCUCAGUCCUCACUCCACGCCCGCGUCUCCUGCUGCCUCCUCCUCCUCCUCGCCCGGUUCCUCGGAUCAUCAUCGUCACCCUCCCCAUGGCUUCUCCGAGGCACUCUCUUUGAUUAGGAGGGAGGGGGGGAAGAGGUCGAUUCUUUCAGGGGACGACGUACGUUCGUCGAUGGAGAUCGAGGAGGACUCCGGCGAGACGGCGCCGGAGAUGGAGGUGAGCACGGUGGCCAUCGCGGUGAGCGGGAGCAGGAGCAGCAGGCACGCGCUCAGGUGGGCCCUCGACAAGUUCGUGCCCGGCGGGAGGGUCCUCUUCCGGAUCCUGCAUGUCCGCCCGCCCCUCACCAUGGUGCCCACGCCAAUGGGCAACUACAUCCCGGUCUCGCAAGUGCGCGACGAAGUAGCUUCGGCGUACAGAGAAGAACUGGAAUGGCAAGCAAGGAAUAUGUUGCUACCGUACAAGAAGAUGUGUGCUCAGAGACAGGUGGAGGCUGAAGCCGUUUUACUUGAAUCUGAUGAUGUGCCUGCUGCUAUAAGCGAGGAAAUCGACAAAUUCAACAUUGGCAAGCUGGUCUUGGGCUCUUCGUCGAGAAGCAUAUUCCGAAGGAAGCUCAAAGGAAGCAAGACUGCAACCAAAAUAUCUGAAUGCAUUCCAAGCUUCUGUACAGCAUACGUGGUUUCAAAGGGCAAACUUUCAUUCGUGCACUCGGCUGCAUCUGAUAGAUGUGAAACACCCAGGUCCAUUUCUUCUUCAACCGUUUCCUCUCCUAGUUCCACAAGCCUUUCCAGUGCACCCUCAGAAUCGGCUGACAGAAAUGGAGCGGCAGCUGUGUUAUUCCGCCAGUCUUCUCUGUUAUCUCAGCGUGAUCACGCACUUGCAAACAUAAACAGAUCAGCUAACAGGGGAGCUAGCCCUUCAGGCAGUGCUGGCAGCGAGAUCUCUUACCAUGCUGACACAAACCCAGUGUCAAAUUCACACUCAAUCACAUCGGUAGCGCAGUUCAGUAGCAGCAGCAGUGGGGAUUCAGUUUAUAGGAGCUUCCGAAGAGAUAGUUUCCCAGACACCUCUGACCUGCAGGCAGCAGUCUCAGAAGUUGCAACAAACCUCGAGCACUCUCAUGACAAGGAUGAUCUGAAGCUUCAAAUUGAGAGUAUGAAGGUCAAACUGCGACAUCUUCAGAAGCUUCACGAGUGUGCUCAUACCGAACCGGUUGACUCCACCCAGAAAUUACACAACAACUUGGGCAUCCAGCGUGUCGCGGACGAAGUCAAACUUCGAGAGAUUGACCUGACAGAAGAAAUGGUGAGGAGAUUGCUAAGGCGAAUGGAGAGAGAAGAAGAGGAGGCGGCCGAAAGAGAAGCUCAACCUAUACAAAGCUCUUCUGAACAUAAAGCAACAGAGGGUGAUGGUGAUCACCAAACUGCUGGAGAGAUCAACACAGGACUGAAAAGUGCCGGACGAUGUUUAACCAAGUAUAAUAGGUACUCAUGGGAGCAUAUCCAAGCGGCGACUUCGUCGUUUUCGAGUGAUCUUGUGAUUGGUAAGGGGACAUAUGGAACAGUCUACAAAGCUAAGUUUCAGCAUACAGUUGCAGCAGUGAAAGUUCUGAACUCCCUGGAAGGUUUUGGAACUCAGCAGUUACAGCAGGAGCUGGAGGUCCUGGGCAAGAUCCGGCACCCUCACCUGUUGCUGCUGCUGGGCGCGUGCCCGGAGCGCGGCUGCGUGGUGUACGAGUACAUGGAGAAUGGCAGCCUAGACGACGCACUCCACCGCGGCAACGGCACGCCGCCGCUCGCCUGGUACGAUCGUGUCCGCGUCGCCUGGGAGGUGGCCACCGCCGUCGCGUUCCUCCACAGCGCCAGGCCGGACCCAAUCAUCCACCGCGACCUCAAGCCGGCCAAUAUCCUGCUCGACCGGAACCUCGCCAGCAAGGUCGGCGACGUUGGCCUCUCCACGGCGCUGCUCCGCCACCCAGGCCCUGGAGGAGGAGGAGGCCAGCAGCAGUCGACGAUGGUGAGGAACACGGCGCCGGUGGGCACGUUCUGCUACAUCGACCCGGAGUACCAGCGGACUGGCGCCGUGUCGGCCAAGUCGGACGUGUACGCGCUCGGCGUGGUGGUGCUGCAGCUGCUCACGGGGCGCACGUCGCCGCUGGGGCUCGCCCAUGCCAUGGAGACCGCGCUGGAGGAAGACGGCGAUGAUUCCUCCUUCGCGGAGAUGCUGGACGCGGCCGCCGGGGAGUGGCCGCCGGAGGAGGCACGGGAGCUGGCCUUGCUGGCGCUGCAGUGCGCGGAGAUGCGGCGCAAGGACCGGCCCGGGCUACACGAGCACGUCCUCCCGGCGCUGGAGCGGAUCAAGGGCGUCGCAGCCAGGGCCGCCAGGGAGACGAAGGCCCUUUUUCUCCGGUCGGUGUCAGCUGCGGCCGCGGGGGCGCCCGGGCAUUUCCUCUGCCCCAUUCUUCAGGAAAUCAUGGAGGACCCAUGCGUCGCCGCCGACGGGUACACGUACGACCGGAAGGCGAUCGAGACGUGGGUGAGCAUGAAGGACAAGUCACCGAUGACCAACCUGCGGCUGCCGAGCAGGAGCCUCAUCCCCAACCACUCGCUCCGGUCAGCGAUCAUGGACUGGAGGUCCAAAAACACAUGAUGAUCAGAUGAUAUGAAGUAGUCUUCGCAAAUACUACUAUAGAUUUAGUGUUGUGUUGUGCAGCCAUACUGAAAAUGUGAAUGUGGACCCUCAAAAGAAAAUCAAAAUGUGAAUAAACAAAAAAAAAAUGCUCUUA